GUUCUCACUGCCUGUGGUGUGGUCUUACAAACACUUGAAUUAACCGUAUUUCCCCUCCGCUAUUUAAAAUCGAGGGUACCUCAGGCUUGGGACGUGGCUAAAGAACAAAAACAACAACAACAAAAAAUACCCAAACGCGGAACAUGCUAAGAACAAAGGAAACACAAGCGUGUGAACAGGAAAUGAAGCAAGUCUAUACACAUAAAUACCUUUUGGGGCCGCCAACGUAGGUGAAAGUAAACGUGGAGUCUGCGAAUCUGAAAUCUGAAACAAAAAGUCCUGUUAAAAGCUACCGCUUGAGUGGAUUUUUUUAACUCUGGUCAUGAUUUGGGCCCCAUGUUUUUUGAGGAACCAAAGGAAGGCCUGGCUGGGCGGGUGGCAAGGGGCUAGAGAGCCGCGAGGUCCCCUCUACCCGCUUCGCGGGAGGGGAGGCUAAGCACCCCAGCCGAGUGCCGCGGGAGGCCGCCCCCCGCAACAAGUGCCGGGUGCCAUGGCAACGGCGGGAAUUUCCCGGUCCGGGCAGCCGGCAGCGGCCCCCGCCGGGCUCGCGACUGCAAAAGCAAGAUCAGCUCCCUCUCCCGGGGGAGCAAAAUGGACGAAAGGCGACCCCCAGGCAAGGGCGCUAGGCGCCUCGGGAGCCCCAGAAACCCCUUCUCUUUCCGAGGCAACGCAUUUCCCGUCAGAGGGGGCUGCAGAGAGUCGAAGGGGUCGAAGAUCGGCUAGCGCUUUUCCCCUGGGGGCCUCGGUGCCCAGCGCAGCCGGCGAGCGCAGCGCAACACAGAGGGCUCCAUUCCCGGCCGCCGCCGCCGCCGCCACUCAGCCCAUUGCGCAAACCCAGCGGGUCCAGCCAGCCCGGCUCGGCCGCUGCUUCUGGAAACGGGGAGUCGGCUUGGAGGCUCCCCGACAUCUGCGGGAAGACACUAAAAAUAUAAUGCACUGCCCCUCCGCCUAGACCCCCGCUCCGGCCACCCGGCCUCUGGCCUGGAAACUAGGGGCUGCCCCAGACGGGAGGGUGAGGGGAGGUGAGGCUGACGCCCCCACCCCUUUUGGCUCCUGCUCUCUUUGCAGCAGCUGUUGCCAAAUGAACCCCGGAAUAGGGACGUGCAACCCACUCCCAGCCACACACGUCGAGGUCAGCAAACUGGGAAGGGGGGUGGCAGGCGGGCCGAGGAAGCUGGCGCUGGGUCCGAGGCUGUGGA